AAGUCCUAGUAUGGUUCAACCCAUCAACCCAACAACUCAUGUACAGUCCUAGUAUGGUUCAACCCAUCAACCCAACAAAAACAGCAAGACGUGUCUGCAAUUUUGAAUGCCUUGAAAGGGGCAUUUAGUGUACAGCAAUAUUCCAGCCUAGAGAGAAUAAGCGAUUUGAAGAGAAUCAUCAUGGGUUUGGCAUCCAUAGUUUUGAAGGUUCUCAUUAUCCAUCCUAUCAUUUUCCUAGCAGCUGUGGUGAUCUCUGAAAGUGAGAUCCUCUGACAUUAUUACUCUCAAGUAUUAGUGAAGACAAUAAGGACAUAACGUAGUGGUGUGGUUGACCAACAAUGCAGUGUGAAAAUGAGGAUCUCUGGGGCCCAGUUGCUUCCCUGUGUACAGGCUUAGCAACUAACCCACUUGGCUUUGAGGACUCCUUCUCUCCAGCACCAGCAGAAAGUGAAGGAGACAGCACUCAACACUCUGCUGAUGGUGAUUACAUUGCUCUUGAAGACUCUUCACAAUAUCUGGCCGGGCUUGAGCGAAAGUUAGCCAGUAUUCAAGGGCGUGCAGACAGCGGCAGACAAAGAGAAAGUCGCAGACUUAUUGAUGCUUUAGCAUCCUCAAGAGAUAGUCACACACACCAGUUGAUGAAUACUCCUAACAAUGUUGGUAUUGAGAGUGAAGUUAUGGAGCUUGAGAAUGAUCGCACUGCUUCCAUCACAGCUGCAUCUGUGGUUCCGCAAGGUGCUUUGUGUGCUGUGAUAAGGAGAGUUGCACCAGACAAAGUUGCUCUUGCUCCUGAGGAGUUAUGUCGACUUUUGGAAGCUGAUAUUCUUGGCAAGGUUCAUGAAGCCCUGGAGGAAGAGGCUGAAGCACCACACUCCACUACACAACAGUCCAGAACAACUUCAGUAAACAGCACUAUCAAUGGAGUUAGAUCAGCAGAUAUCUGUACAUUAGACAAUGAAGAUAAAAAGAAAAAUGUGCCCCUAGCAGCAGCGAAGACUCCAUGUGAUCACAAAGAUUCUUCUUCCGAUGAAGGUGAAAAAUAAAUUAUAUUUAUUGGUGUAAAUGUUAACAUAUAUAAAUAAUGCACUUGCAUAAUUGUAUAUAAAUGAAUGCCAUGUAGUUUAUAGAAUGUUUAUAGAAUGUAUUAUGCCUGCACUUUAAAGGAGGGUUUGGGAUACUGGCAGUUUGGAGGGAUAUGUUGUGUAUCUUUGUACAUAUAUGCUUCUAAACUUGUUGUGUUCUGAGCACCUCUGCAAAAACAGUGAUUAUGUGUGAGUGAGGUGAAAGUGUUGAAUGAUGAUGAAAGCAUUUUCUUUUUGGGUAUUUUCUUUCUUCUCAGGUCACCCUGCCUCGGUGGGAGACGGUUGACUUGUUAAAAAAAAAAUAAUAUAAACUUAAAAACUGGAUGAAAAUUGGGUUUAUAUUCAAACACUGUAAUUCAGGAAAAGCUAGUUAUAACAUUGUCUUACUUCCAAGAAUUCAUACAGCUCUAUGAAAAAAGUAUCAGUGAAUUAAAAAAAAAUUUUAUUACUGUUUUUUUUUUUUUAGAAUUACAGUGGACCCCCGGUUAACGAACUUUUUUCAUUCCAGUAGUAUGUUCAGGUGCCAGUACUGACCGAAUUUUUUCCCAUAAGGAAUAUUGUGAAGUAGAUUAGUCCAUUUCAGACCCCCAAACAUACACGUACAAACGCACUUACAUAAAUACACUUACAUAAUUGGCAGCAUUUGGAGGUGAUCGUUAAGCGGGGGUCCACUGUAUUUAUGUUCUAAUUUUUUUUAUAUAUUGUAUAGUACUGUAUUCCAGUAAUUUAUAUACCAAAAGUUAAAAAAAAUAUAUUGUUUACUUUUCUGUAAAUAAUUGCCUAUUCUCUUUAAUACAGUAAAAAUCAAUAAAAUUCACUGAGGUCAUAAUUAAUUCCAAGUUUUAUAUAUUCACUCUCUGACAUUCUUAUGUUUGUCUGCCCUCCUCUCUGAAGGUUCCACCAUUGUCUGCCCUCCUCUCUGAAGGUUCCACCAUUGUCUGCCCUCCUCUCUGAAGGUUCCACCAUUGUCUGCCCUCCUCUCUGAAGGCUCCACCAUUGUCUUCCCUCCUCUCUGAAGGUUCUACCAUUGUCUGCCCUCCUCUCUGAAGGUUCCACCAUUGUCUGCCCUCCUCUCUGAAGGUUCCACCAUUGUCUGCCCUCCUCUCUGAAGGCUCCACCAUUGUCUUCCCUCCUCUCUGAAGGUUCUACCAUUGUCUGCCCUCCUCUCUGAAGGUUCCACCAUUGUCUGCCCUCUCUGAAGGUUCCACUAUUGUUUGCCCCCCUCUCUGAAGGUUCCACUAUUGUCUGUCCUCCUCUCUAAAGGUUCCACUAUUGUCUGCCCUCCUCUCUGAAGGUUUCACCAUUGUCUGCCCUCCUCUCUGAAGGUUCUACCAUUGUCUGCCCUCCUCUGAAGGUUCCACCAUCGUCUGCCCUCCUCUGAAGGUUCCACCAUUGUCUGCCCUCCUCUGAAGGUUCCACCAUUGUCUGCUCUCCUCUGAAGGUUCCAUCAUUGUCUGCUCUCCUCUGAAGGUUCCAUCAUUGUCUGCCCUCCUCUCGACAAGUUCUACCAUUGUCUGCCCUCCUCUGAAGGUUCCACCAUUGUCUGCCCUCCUCUCUGAAGGUUCCACCAUUGUCUACCCUCCUCUCUGAAGGUUUCACCAUUGUCUGCUCUCCUCUGAAGGUUCCACCAUUGUCUGCUCUCCUCUGAAGGUUCCAUCAUUGUCUGCCCUCCUCUCGACAAGUUCUACCAUUGUCUGCCCUCCUGUGAAGGUUCCACCAUUGUCUACCCUCCUCUCUGAAGGUUCCACUAUUGUCUGCCCUCCUCUCUGAAGGUUUCACCAUUGUCUGCCCUCCUCUCUGAAGGUUCCACCAUCGUCUGCCUUCCUCUGAAGGUUCCACCAUCGUCUGCCUUCCUCUGAAGGUUCCACCAUUGUCUGCUCUCCUCUGAAGGUUCCACCAUCGUCUGCCCUCCUCUGAAGGUUCCACCAUCGUCUGCCCUCCUCUGAAGGUUCCACCAUUGUCUGCCUUCCUCUGAAGGUUCCACCAUUGUCUGCUCUCCUCUGAAGCCUCCACCAUUGUCUGCUUUCCUCUGAAGGUUCCAUCAUUGUCUGCCCUCCUCUCUACAAGUUCUACCAUUGUCUGCCCUCCUCUGAAGGUUCCACCAUUGUCUGCCCUCCUCUCUGAAUGUUCCACCAUUGUCUGCCCUCCUCUCUACAAGUUCUACCAUUGUCUGCCCUCCUCUGAAGGUUCUACCAUUGUUUGCCCUCCUCUCUGAAGGUUCCACCAUUGUCUGCCAUCCUCUAAAGGUUCUACCAUUGCCUGUUCUCCUCUGAAGGUUCCACCACUGUAUGCCCUCCUCUGAAGGUUCCACUGUUUCUGCCCUCUAAAGGUUCCAUCAUUGUCUGCCUUCCUCCUCUAAAGGCUCUACCAUUGUCUUCCCUCCUCUGAAGGUUCCACCGUUUCUGCCCUCUAAAGGUUCCAUCAUUGUCUGCCCUCCUCUCUAAAAGUUCUACCAUUGUCUGCCCUCCUCUCUGAAGGUUCCACCUUUGUCUGCCCUCCUGUCUGAAGGUUCCACCUUUGUCUGCCCUCCUGUCUGAAGGUUCCACUAUUGUCUGCCCUCCUGUCUGAAGGUUCCACCUUUGUCCUGCUCUCUGAAGGUUCCACCAUUGUCUGCCCUCCUCUCUGAAGGUUCCACCAUUGUCUGCCCUCCUCUCUGAAGGUUCCACCGUUGUCUGGCCUCCUCUCUGAAGGCUCCACCUUUUCCGUCCUGUCUGAAGGUUUCAUCUUUGCCUGCCCUCUUCUCUGAAGGUUCCACUGUUGUCUGCCCUCCUCUCUGAAGGUUCCACCUUUACCCUCCUCUCUGAAGGUUCCACCGUUGUCUGCCCUCCUCUCUGAAGGUUCCACCAUUGUCUGGCCUCCUCUCUGAAGGUUCCACCUUUACCCUCCUGUCUGAAGGUUCCACCGUUGUCUGCCCUCCUCUCUGAAGGUUCCACCGUUGUCUGGCCUCCUCUCUGAAGGUUCCACCUUUUCCGUCCUGUCUGAAGGUUCCACCUUUGCCUGCCCUCCUCUCUGAAGAUUCCACCUUGGGUAAAGACAUUCUAUUUGAUUUCCUAACUGACACUGUUGCUUCAUCAACUAUAACCACUAUCCUUUCAAUUUAUCAACACUUUUCCCUUUUCCUGCUCCUAUCUUUCUGCCAUGAAGCACUCUAAGGACCUUGCAGGUUUAGUGUUGUCUAUAAAUAUAUUUAUAAUGCAAUUCCUUUGACCAGUAGCCAUUCACCAGUUUGAAGUCAUACACCUUGAAAGGUCCAGUAUUAUUGAAAUUGACAUCAUAACUGCAAUAGGAAUGGUUUGCUCAAUGUGUAAUACAGUAUACUGCUGUUGCUCUGCUUAACUCAUUUUGAUUAUAUACAGAAGGGUAAAUUUAACAUUACUGAUCAUGCCAUAGAUGUUGCUAAGUGGAACAUUUUAUGUAAGUCUAUUAAAAAAAAUUGUUAAUAAAA